CCCUCCGAUCUGAUUGUAUCCAAAGGCGAACCAGCCACCCUAAACUGCAAGGCGGAGGGGCGUCCCACCCUACCAUAGAGUGGUACAAGGAUGGAGAACGAGUUGAAACCGAUAAAGAUGACCCUCGAUCCCACCGCAUGCUCCUUCCCAGCGGCUCGCUCUUCUUCCUGCGUAUCGUACAUGGCCGUCGAAGCAAACCUGAUGAGGGGGCGUAUGUUUGUGUGGCACGCAAUUACUUGGGGGAAGCAGUCAGUCGAAAUGCCUCACUGGAAGUAGCAUUGUUACGUGAUGAUUUCAGACAGAACCCUACGGAUGUGGUGGUGGCUGCUGGAGAACCGGCCAUCCUGGAGUGCGUUCCCCCUCGUGGACACCCAGAACCCACCAUCUACUGGAAGAAAGACAAAGUACGAAUCGAUGAGAAGGAUGACAGGAUCAAGAUCCGUGGAGGGAAGCUGAUGAUCUCCAACACGAGGAAAAGUGACGCUGGCAUGUAUAUCUGCGUGGGCACUAACAUGGUCGGCGAGAGAGACAGUGAGACAGCUCAGGUCACCGUGUUUGAGAGACCCACGUUCCUACGACGGCCCAUUAACCAGGUGGUUCUGGAGGAGGAGGCGGUGGAGUUUCGUUGUCAGGUGCAGGGAGACCCCCAACCUACCGUCCGCUGGAAAAAAGACGACAUCGAUGUCCCCCGUGGGAGGUAUGAUAUCAAAUAUGAUAAAGAUGACUAUGUGCUGAGGAUAAAGAAGGCAGCAGCGAGCGAUGAAGGAACCUUCACCUGUGUAGCUGAAAACAGAGUUGGCAAAACAGAGGCAUCCGCCACCCUCACGGUCAGAGCUCGCCCUGUCGCCGCACCGCAGUUCGUGAUCAGGCCGCGGGAUCAGAUUGUGGCACAAGGACGGACCGCCAGUUUCCCCUGUGAGACCAAAGGAAAUCCACAGCCGGCAGUCUUCUGGCAGAAAGAAGGAAGUCAGAACCUUCUGUUUCCAAAUCAACCGCAGCAACCCAACAGUCGUUUCUCGGUGUCGCCCAGUGGAGAUCUGACCAUCACAGCGGUCCAGCGGGCAGACGCGGGAUACUAUAUCUGCCAGGCCCUGACGGUGGCGGGCAGCAUCCUGGCCAAAGCACAGCUUGAGGUCACAGACGUGCUGACCGAUCGUCCUCCCCCCAUCAUCCGGCAGGGUCCAGCUAACCAGACUCUGGGUGUAGACAGUGUGGCUCUUCUGAGAUGUCAUGCAUCUGGAGAACCGGUCCCAACCAUCAGCUGGCUGAAGGAUGGGGUCAGCCUGCUGGGCAAAGACCCUCGCAUGUCCCUGCAGGACCUUGGCAGCCUGCAGAUCAAGGGUCUGCGGAUCUCAGAUUCUGGUAUCUACACUUGUGUGGCAGCAAGUUCUAGUGGGGAAACAUCUUGGAGUGCUUUCUUGGAAGUCAAAGAGUCUGGAAGUCUUGUUGUAGUUAAAGACCGGGAUGAGAACGAGCUCCCAGGUCCUCCUUCCAAACCUCAGGUCACAGAUGUCACUAAAAACAGCGUGUCGUUGUCCUGGCAGCCUGGCCUUCCAGGAGCUUCACCAAUCUCAUCAUAUGUUAUUGAGGCUUUCAGCCAAUCGGUGAGCAACAGCUGGCAGACUGUGUCCGAUCAUGUCAAGACCACCCAGUACACCAUUAAGGGUCUUCGCCCCAACACCAUCUACCUGUUCAUGGUGCGAGCAGUCAACGUCCAAGGCCUGAGCGACCCAAGCCCCAUGUCCGAACCCGUCCGCACUCAAGAUAUAAGUCCUCCAGCUCAGGGAGUGGAUCACAGACACGUGCAGAAGGAGUUGGGUGAGGUUAUUGUGCGGCUACACAACCCUGUGGUCCUCAGCCCCACCACCAUACAGGUCACAUGGACGGUUGACCGGCAGUCUCAGUUCAUCCAGGGCUACAGGGUUUUGUACAGACAGAUGUCAGGGCUGUCCUCCCCAGGAGCGUGGCAGAGUCAGGAUGUGAAGAUCCCCUCUGAGAGGAGCAUGGUGCUCUCGGCUCUGAAGAAAGGCAUCGUCUACGAGAUCAAAGUCCGUCCCUACUUCAACGAGUUCCAGGGCAUGGACAGCGAGUCCCGAACGGCAAGGACAACAGAGGAAGCGCCCAGUGCUCCUCCUCAGCAGGUGACGGUCCUCACGGUGGGCAAUCAGAACAGCACAUCCAUCAGUAUCUCCUGGGACCCUCCUCCUGCUGAACAUCAGAAUGGCAUCAUCCAGGAAUAUAAGAUCUGGUGUUUAGGGAACGAGACCCGUUUCCAUGUAAAUAAGACUGUGGACGCAGCCAUCCGCUCAGUGGUGGUGGGGGGUCUCCAGGCGGGGGUCCAGUAUCGGGUGGAGGUGGCCGCCAGCACCAGCGCUGGGGUGGGGGUGAAGAGCGAACCACAAACCAUCAUUAUUGGUAAAGACUUCCGGGAUGUGAUCAUGAGCAGGAACAACAGCAUCUCGGAGCAGAUCACGGACGUGGUGAAGCAGCCGGCCUUCAUCGCGGGCAUCGGAGGGGCCUGCUGGGUCAUUCUGAUGGGCUUCAGCAUCUGGCUCUACUGGAGGAGAAAGAAGAGAAAGGGUCUCAGCAAUUACGCAGUUCAGUCGUUCACCUUCACCCCUGCAGGUACUGUUCAUUUGUCCCGUCUUUUCAAAACCCCCAUUCCCUUCUUCCUUUACUUUACACAAUCAAGUCUCCCUUCCCAUGAUUCAAGCUCAGAGGUCUUCAAGAUGAUGCCCACCUGA